AUGUCUGGUUCAAAAUGUCAGGCAGCUGGUCUGAAAAAUGCUUUUGAAACCCACUUUUUCUUCGAAGCAGGCUGCAAAAUUCAACCCAAGGCAGUGACUAAAGCAUUCGAAUGUUAUUUGAAUUUGCUGAUUCAGAAAACCCAGAAGCUUGUUGAAAUGGUAUUGAAGCGAAAAAAAUGUCUUGCUGACGCGCUUAAUAUGUGUGCCAAAUAUUCACUGCCCCCGGGUAUAGGUGCAUUACCACUAAAAUUCACUGCCCCGGGUAUAGGUGCAUUACUACUAAAGUUGAUGGAUGCACUACCACAAAGAUUCACCGCCACGAAGAAAGAAAAGCUAAAGAAACAACUCGCAAAACAUCGCUCAGCACUGAGUGUAAAUAGUACUAGCAAGAAAGAAGUGUGGAUAUACUACCACAAAGGUGAUUACUUGGAAGUCUUACAAGCGAGAAAAGUCAAAGGAAAGAAUAACGGGACAAAGUCAGCAGCAAAAAAAAAUAAACCAACUCGCGAAUAG